ACUCAUAUCGAAGACGUAGCAUUUCUAGUUUGUUUAUGUUUUUGUACAAAAUUUAUGAGUAUGCAAUAUGUCGUCUACGUUUAGAUAUAAUCUAUUAAGGAGUGUAAAGCCAUACACUUCAUUCACUCCGCAAUUGACUAAGUCUAUGUUGCGUGUCCUUAUUCAAGUGUCUGUGCACUACAUUGAAUCAAAGAAGUCUUCGUCGGAAGUGCUUUCCCUGGCACUAAAUAAACUAACAAAUGGAGGUCACGAAAUCCCUCCGAACUUUUGUGAACUUUUUACAAUGGUUUUCUUGACAAUGCAAAUCUUUUUAAGAUAUCCCAAGGGCGUGGUGAAGCAUCAUGAGCUGCGAAAAUGUUUAAUGGACGAUUUAAAUUUAACAGAAGAAUAUGUUGAAGAUAUCUGCAAAGUUUUGCUUAACCAUCGAGACGUACUGAGCAAGAACUUUUCAGAUACUAAAAUGGACCGUGUCAAAAUGUCAAAGUUGCAAUGGAGAAUCAACAUUUCCUUAUCAUUAAAUACCGUGCAAAUUGAUAAACCUACAAUAGUCCUCCACUUCAAGCUCCAAAAUAAGGAAUAUCGAACUUUAGAAUUGCCACUGUCCAUGUUUCAACAAGUGCGCUAUAAUAUUGCUCUCUUACUAAAUGAAUUGCAGUCAUUGCAAAGCCGGUUGGCUUUAAAAUAAGUUACAUGUUUUUUUUAUCCAUUUGGUGAAGUAUUUAAUCCGACUGUCCCGCCGACUGUCCUUUUUGCCAUACUCAAUCUAGCGCCUUAAAGCCGCCAAGGCGGUCACGCCCACACUUUCAAAACAAUUUUAAAAUCUUUUCUCCCUAUUAUUAUCCCAGAAAAAGGAUGAAAUUUACACUAGCUGAGUAACGGGUAUCUGACAGUCGGGGAAGUCUACUAUAGCAUUCUCUCUUGGUUACCAUUUAAAAUUAUGUUAUAAGAAAUCAAAAAAAAACAGAACACGCUAUCUUUAUAAGCAUGUGUUUCAUAUUCAUUUCGUUCCAACAAAGUGAUUGACAUCUCUUCCGAUUUCAUGUUAUCGCUGUAUUAAUCGAUUACUUCACGAAAAUGCUGCCACUUUCACUUUUAAAAACAGCACAGAGCCAUCCCAUGUUGGUGGAGCUGAAAAAUGGUGAAACAUACAAUGGUCACCUGGUUAGUUGCGACUCGUGGAUGAAUAUUAAUCUGCGCGAUGUUAUUUGCACCUCAAAGGAUGGCGAUCGGUUUUGGCGCAUGCCCGAAUGUUAUAUCCGCGGGAGCACCAUCAAAUAUCUGCGAAUCCCCGACGAAGUAAUCGACAUGGUCAAGGAGGACGCGCAGGCCAAGUCAAGGAAUCGCACAGAGAUGAACAAAAACCGCGGCGGCAACUCGUCGCAAAAUCAGCGCGGCGGACGUCCUGGUGGCGGCAACCGCAACAAUGUCGGCAAUCGUCCCGGCCAGGGAUACGGAGGUGCUGCUAACAACGCGAUGCGCCUGGGUGGCGCUGCUGGCCAAGGGAACCGUCUGCCCCACGCCGCCAAAAAUAGGAAAUAGUUCUUCGGAUCGUAGUAAUAAAUUCUUUUCAACCAUUUC